UCCUUGUAAAUGUCAUUUUUCCCUCCCGCCUUGCCGCUCGGGCACACCGCACGACCACUCGCAGUUCACCCUCCUGCCGUGCCGAUCGCAUUCGAACGGCCCUGCGCGGUACCUUGUCAACCUGCGUGCGCUAGCUUCUGCGCGCUCUAAACCUGUUAAAAACAUGUCUCUUCUCUCUUUUCGCAUUUCCUCUCCAUGGCUUGCUGCCCCGUCCAUCUCAACCUUGACAUACUCAUCAUCGGCACUCGAUCAUCCGCCUGUCCAAGAAAUUAAAAGCCAAAAUGUUGCCAUUCUCCUGCUCCGCAGCCCCGAUUUCUUGGGCUUCGCGUUGGAUGCAUCCGGCUUCGAUCUGUCCAGCAGCGUUAGCUCCACGAACUGCCCCUCGUCAAUCACCUUCUCGAUCUAAUAUGCGGCUUUGUUUCAGGCCGCCACCGUCUUGCCUUGGCCUCCGUCUCCAUGGAGCGGGAUCACUGGGAUUUGAUGGAAGUGUGGAGACAAUAAGCUUCCAGCUAGCUUCCAUCUCCGCACUCAUGGGCGAAGGAAUUUCCAUUAUUCUGAGAUACCAUCAGCUUUGCCACAUCCCAUAUAGACAGUGGGUGCCUUGAAGAAACACCAAGGACCAGCUUUGGAUCUGCAGUAAUAAGUGCAGCUAGCAUGGCUGCUUGUUCAUGCAAUGAAUCCAAUAUAGCUUCAGUCAAACGAACCCUUCUCAACGAAAACUGUUUCACGCAAUGCUCUUAGAGUUGUCAGCCCACACAGCAAAAGAUUAUUCGCACUGCUUGCAUCCACUUCGGCUUGUGUCUGAAGUGCCAAAAUUGUUUUUACUCGGACUGUCAUUGAAGAGUUCGAAAGCAUGCCAACCAAGGAGUUAUUUGGAGUCUCACGACUGGCAACGGAAAUCCCUCCUAGCGUAUACAAAAGAUGUGCCAGCAAACUCAAAAUGACCACAAGCAUUCCAGAGUUUAUCUCAGGUGUAGAGAGCUGCUUGAUGACGUGAUCUGUCAAACCUUUCAGUGCUGGUUCUCCCAUUUGUUUAAUUGUUCCAUGUGAUACCAAUUGAAAAUCUGACAGUCACGGACAGUCAAUUGUUUAGUCAAAAAAUCUCGACCAGAGCUCCUCCAAGAAGCAUAUGCCGACCGAUUCAUAGUCUAGCUCCAUGGAGGGAGUUUGAUGGAUUGGGUGCAUUGGUCGAAAUCCGAACAGCAGAUCAUAUUGGAUCAAAUCUCUAAGGGCAGAGCCAAAACGGAUACUUGCUCGGUCGAUUGCUUGACCGAUCUAACUAACAAAGGCUCACGGGCAAUCUUGGAAAUUCACGUCCGUCUAUGUUGGGUGAGUCUAGGCCCGAGCUAUCUAUUUAUCCACUAUGCAAUAGUCAGCCAACAGCGAGCCAACACCUUUCAUCAACCCAUCUUUGCAUCAUGCGCAAUCCAAGAGCAAACCGUAAGAACUGUUGAAAAUAUGGUGUUGCGCUUUGUCGAUGAUCUUUGCAAUUCGUUCGGUGCACUGCCAUCUAUCUCCGACAGAUGUUAUUUCCGGCCACCGAAGCAUCGAAUUUGCAGAUUUCUCCAGAGCAUCCACCAGAUCGUGCAUCAGGAACUAUGUUUCUCUAGAACUCGUCAGGCCGCCGCUUCAAGAUUUAUUGACCUAACUUUUCAAAAACUUCUGUCACCCGAUUCUCAUCAGUUUCAACAGAACAAAUUCACAGUCAUAAACAUCACAAGUUCUAAACCAAAAGUUCUUUAGACUUUGAAUCUUU